AUGUUUUGCGUCGUUAGAGUGGCACAGACACUCACGCUCGAAGAACGCAGCUCGCGCCAACACACAUACGAACUUCAACUGAAAAAGACCGACACAUCACGAGAAGAUGAUAUGAUACGAUCAUAUAUGAAUGAGCAGAGCACAAGAAAUGCGAUACAACUGUUAGGAGUGGAUGCCGUAACGUCCAGUACUAUCGCACUAACGGCAGCUAGGGGUAAUAGGUUAUGGGCAACCUACUACGGUGAGAUAAUACUAGGAAAUGUUGAAGAUGAAAGUGAUACUUUUAAGGUUCUGUUCGACACAGGUUCAUCGGAGCUGUGGGUCCCUGAUGAACUCUGCCAAUCUAGUGCAUGUCUAAGUCGGAAAAGGUUUGCACGUGAAGGCCGCUGGACGGCAAAGUUCGACCAGCAUGGAAACUAUGUACCUAUCCUCGUGAAAUACCUGACGGGCGAGAUGCGUGCUGUAGAUGGUACCGCUGAUGUUAAUUUAAUGAACGGGAUAACUGUGAAGAAUGCAAAUGUUGGACUUGCAACUAACAUCAAUAUACCAAUAUUAAUGGAGUUACCUUGGGAUGGUAUCUUAGGGCUCGGUUUCGCUACAGACGAUCAGCUUUCACGUGGAUCUAGACCUCUGUUACAGUCUAUACAAGAUAACUCUCUGAUGUAUCCGCAUUAUAGAAACCAAUUUGCCUACUAUAUCACCAAAACUGGUGGUAAUGUGACCUUUGGAGGCUAUAAUAACGACUAUAAACGUUCACCAGAAGAUGAGUUUCAAUGGGUCCCUGUUAGUGAGAAAGGCAGUUACUGGGCGGUGAAUCUUCUCGAGGUGAGCGUGAAGGAGCCGGAGAAUUAUGUGACCCGUCGUCGAGCUCAUACAAGUAAACUGAAAAAUAACGUACUUGGAGGAGCGGUUGACUCGCCAUUGGGUUCAAACAAUCAUACAGAGGGAGGGAUUGAAUCGGAUAUCGCAAAUCGUGAGGGCAGUAGCAGUGUUACCAAAAGUGAUGCAUUCACGACAUCGGAGAGAGCUGCAUCAGUGCGAGAGUCGCAUGAUGAAGAUACAUAUACGGUAUAUCGCAACAAGAUCGACGAUACUAAGGUCAUCAUCGAUACAGGCACUUACCUCAUUUAUGCACCACAGGUAGACAAAAGACAGUUGCAUUACAUUCGAUAUCAGACUAUGCGAAACCUUAUUGCAAGCCUCACAGUGGACAGGUGUGAUGACAUGCGCACGUUACCUACCCUGAUCUUCACACUGCAGGGUAAUAGCCGUGAAGGCACGGUUAAAGUCCAGCUGACACCAGACGACUAUGUGUUGAAGUUCAACGACGACGACGGUCAGCAAAUAUGCACCUUAGGUAUCACUGUUGAUGACCAGCAGGAGGAAUUACAACUGAAUGCGUGGACAUUCGGCGAGGUAUUCCUAAGGGCAUACUAUACUGUAUUCGAUUAUGACCAAAGACAGAUCGGAUUCACACCUAGUAGGCGGGACGCGCAGUAG